AUGCUAAGACGCUCUAAGAAUUCCAGCACGAACGCAGAUACCAAAAAAAGACAGUCCAUGCACUUAGGAUCCAAAAGUUCGUUGAUCUCGCUGUCAAGCGAAUUUAGUCAUGGUCACUCCAAGACGAAGCAGAAAAAGGAGGAGAGCAUACCUCCUUCUUCAUUCCUAUCCGUUACGCAUAAAAAAAAGACAUCUACUCAGUCAAAGCUAAAAAGGAGCAGUUUGUUACUUGAUGAAACACUGCUCAAAGACUACCACUCAGCCAUGAGACACAUGCAGACAAAUGCUGCGAAGGAAGAAAAGCUGCGGAUGGCUUCAUCUCCAACACAGUCAACGAGGAGCGAAUCAGACGCCAGUCUUUCCUCUAGUAAGAGCUCGAUCUCUUCUAUCUUCUCUCAGGAUAAGGACUACUCGAUUCACGAUUUGUUGUACGAAGAUAUUGAAGAGAUGGACAAAACAACAGAUGCUUUCAAAGUAAAUAACACAAUAGCAAUCGAUGAUUCUAAAGCUCUCUUUGUAUUCUGUUCAAACGAGUCCCCUUCAAAGGCGGCGUCUAUUGAAACACUGCACGAACUAAAUUUGGACACUCUAGAUAUGGGUUCCAGUAGAAGGACAUCGUUGGACUUUUUUUGA